AGCCCGUCACGCGGUGCCGCGGUCACAGCGCAGGGAGCAGCCGGGAGCGGCAGCAGCUCCGCGCUCGGGGACCCGCGCCCAUGCCCGUGCACAUGCCGGGCAGCCGCCAGUGACGCCGGAGAGGUGUCUCCCACGCCCACUAGGAGUGACCGAUAAAGGCCGCAGAGAUGGCCGGGGCCUCCGUGAAGGUGGCGGUGCGCGUCCGCCCCUUCAAUUCCCGGGAGAUGAGCCGAGAAUCCAAGUGCAUCAUCCAGAUGUCUGGAAGCACCACCACCAUCGUUAACCCCAAACAGCCCAAGGAGACGCCCAAAAGCUUCAGCUUCGACUAUUCCUACUGGUCACACACCUCGCCCGAGGACAUCAACUACGCCUCGCAGAAGCAGGUGUACCGGGACAUUGGCGAGGAGAUGCUACAGCACGCCUUCGAGGGCUACAACGUCUGCAUCUUCGCCUACGGGCAGACCGGGGCGGGCAAGUCCUACACCAUGAUGGGCAAGCAGGAGAAGGACCAGCAGGGCAUCAUCCCACAGCUCUGCGAAGACCUGUUCUCUCGCAUCAACGAAAUGACCAAUGACAACAUGUCCUACUCCGUGGAGGUCAGCUACAUGGAGAUUUACUGUGAGCGCGUCCGUGACCUCCUGAACCCCAAGAACAAGGGCAACCUGCGUGUGAGGGAGCACCCCCUACUAGGACCCUAUGUGGAAGACCUCUCCAAGCUGGCUGUCACCUCCUACAAUGACAUCCAGGACCUCAUGGACUCAGGGAACAAGGCCAGGACCGUGGCAGCUACGAACAUGAACGAGACCAGCAGCCGCUCCCAUGCCGUCUUCAACAUCAUCUUCACCCAGAAGCGCCAUGAUGCGGAGACCAACAUCACCACAGAGAAAGUGAGCAAAAUCAGCCUGGUGGACCUAGCCGGGAGCGAGCGGGCCGACUCCACAGGGGCCAAGGGCACGCGCCUCAAGGAGGGAGCCAACAUCAACAAGUCCUUGACCACGCUGGGGAAGGUCAUCUCUGCUCUGGCCGAAAUGGAUUCUGGGCCCAACAAGAACAAGAAAAAGAAGAAGACAGAUUUCAUUCCAUACAGGGAUUCCGUGCUGACCUGGCUCCUCCGGGAAAACCUGGGCGGGAACUCGAGGACAGCGAUGGUGGCGGCCCUGAGCCCCGCAGACAUCAACUACGACGAGACCCUGAGCACGCUGAGGUAUGCCGACCGGGCCAAGCAGAUCCGCUGUAACGCCGUCAUCAACGAGGACCCCAACAAUAAACUGAUCCGCGAGCUGAAGGACGAGGUGACCAGGCUGCGGGACCUGCUGUACGCCCAGGGUCUCGGGGACAUCACCGACACCAACACUGUGCCCGGAGGACCCAAAUUGACCAACGCCCUGGUGGGCAUGAGCCCCUCGUCCUCGCUCUCGGCCCUGUCCAGCCGCGCGGCCUCUGUGUCCAGCCUGCACGAGCGCAUCUUGUUUGCCCCGGGCAGCGAGGAGGCCAUUGAGAGGCUGAAGGAGACGGAGAAGAUCAUAGCCGAGCUCAACGAGACCUGGGAAGAGAAGCUGCGGAGGACGGAAGCCAUCCGCAUGGAGAGGGAAGCGCUCUUGGCCGAGAUGGGCGUGGCCAUGAGGGAGGAUGGCGGUACCCUUGGUGUGUUCUCUCCCAAGAAGACGCCGCAUCUCGUCAACCUGAACGAGGACCCGCUUAUGUCCGAGUGCCUCCUCUACUACAUCAAGGACGGGAUCACCAGAGUGGGCCGGGAGGACGCAGAGAGGCGGCAGGACAUCGUCCUGAGCGGGCACUUCAUCAAGGAUGAGCACUGUGUCUUCCGGAGUGACUCUCGAGGGGGCAGCGAAGCCGUGGUGACCCUGGAGCCCUGCGAAGGAGCAGACACCUACGUCAAUGGCAAGAAAGUCACAGAGCCCAGCAUCCUGCGGUCAGGAAACCGCAUCAUCAUGGGAAAGAGCCAUGUGUUCCGCUUCAACCACCCUGAGCAGGCGAGGCAGGAGCGCGAGCGCACGCCCUGCGCUGAGACGCCCGCCGAGCCUGUGGACUGGGCCUUUGCCCAGCGCGAGCUGCUGGAGAAGCAGGGCAUCGACAUGAAGCAGGAGAUGGAGCAGAGGCUUCAGGAGCUGGAGGACCAGUACCGCCGGGAGCGGGAGGAAGCCACCUACCUGCUAGAGCAGCAGAGGCUGGACUACGAGAGCAAGCUGGAGGCCCUGCAGAAGCAGAUGGACUCCCGGUACUACCCAGAGGUGAACGAGGAGGAGGAGGAACCGGAGGAUGAAGUCCAGUGGACGGAGAGGGAGUGUGAGCUGGCAAUGUGGGCCUUCCGGAAGUGGAAGUGGUAUCAGUUCACGUCCCUGCGGGACCUGCUGUGGGGCAACGCCAUCUUCCUCAAGGAGGCCAAUGCCAUCAGUGUCGAGCUCAAGAAGAAGGUCCAGUUCCAGUUUGUCCUCCUCACGGACACACUCUACUCCCCACUGCCACCGGACCUGCUGCCCCCGGAGGCCGCCAAAGACCGUGAGACGCGCCCCUUCCCCCGCACUAUCGUGGCCGUGGAGGUCCAGGACCAAAAGAACGGGGCCACCCACUACUGGACGCUGGAGAAACUCAGGCAGCGCCUGGACCUGAUGCGGGAGAUGUACGACCGGGCGGCCGAGGUGCCCUCCAGCGUCAUUGAGGACUGUGACAACGUGGUGACCGGCGGAGACCCCUUCUACGACCGUUUCCCCUGGUUCCGGCUGGUGGGCAGUUCAGUCAUCUCUGGCUGCAACAGCUACCCUCUUCUCAACACAUGCAUGAGCGAGCGCAUGGCUGCUCUCACCCCCUCCCCCACCUUCUCGAGCCCCGACUCCGACGCCACCGAGCCUGCCGAGGAGCAGAGCGUGGGGGAGGAGGAGGAGGAGGAGGAGGAGGAGGAGGAGGACCUGGAGGACGACGUCUUUCCGGAGCACGCGCUGUGCGACGGCCGGGACCCGUUUUACGACCGGCCCCCCCUGUUCAGUUUAGUAGGAAGGGCCUUCGUGUACCUGAGCAACCUGCUGUACCCCGUGCCCCUGGUGCACCGCGUGGCCAUCGUCAGCGAGAAGGGCGAGGUGAAGGGCUUCCUCCGCGUGGCUGUCCAGGCCAUCUCAGCUGAUGAAGAGGCCCCUGAUUAUGGCUCUGGCGUCCGCCAGUCUGGAACUGCCAAAAUCUCUUUUGACGACCAGCAUUUCGAAAAGUUCCAGUCCGAGUCCUGCCCCGUGGUGGGGAUGUCCCGCUCCGGGACCUCCCAGGAAGAGCUCCGCAUUGUGGAAGGCCAGGGCCAGGGUGCGGACGCAGGGCCCUCGGCCGACGAGGUCAACAACAACACCUGCUCAGCUGUGCCCCCGGAAGGCCUCCUCCUAGACAGCCCUGAGAAAGCUGCCCUGGAUGGGCCCCUGGACGCCGCCCUGGACCACCUCCGCCUGGGCAGCACCUUCACUUUCCGCGUGACCGUCCUGCAGGCGUCCAGCAUCUCUGCCGAAUAUGCCGACAUCUUCUGCCAGUUUAACUUCAUCCAUCGCCAUGACGAGGCCUUCUCUACGGAGCCCCUGAAGAACACAGGAAGGGGCCCCCCACUCGGCUUCUACCACGUCCAAAACAUCGCAGUGGAGGUGACCAGGUCCUUCGUCGAGUACAUCAAGAGCCAGCCCAUCGUGUUCGAGGUCUUCGGCCACUACCAGCAGCACCCGUUCCCGCCCCUCUGCAAGGACGUGCUCAGCCCCCUGAGGCCCUCGCGACGCCAUUUCCCCCGGGUCAUGCCUCUGUCCAAGCCAGUGCCCGCCACCAAGCUUAGCACACUGACACGGCGCUGCCCGGGGCCCUGCCACUGCAAGUAUGACCUGCUCGUCUACUUUGAGAUCUGCGAGCUGGAGGCCAAUGGCGAUUACAUCCCUGCUGUGGUGGACCACCGUGGUGGGAUGCCGUGCAUGGGGACCUUCCUGCUCCACCAGGGCAUCCAGAGACGGAUAACUGUGACACUGCUGCACGAGACGGGCAGCCACAUCCGCUGGAAGGAAGUGCGCGAGCUGGUCGUGGGUCGCAUUCGAAACACUCCAGAAACCGAUGAGUCCCUGAUCGACCCCAACAUCUUGUCUCUGAACAUCCUCUCGUCUGGAUACAUCCACCCAGCCCAGGAUGACCGGCAGUUUCUUGAUUCGGACAUGCCUAGGACCUUUUACCAGUUUGAGGCUGCGUGGGACAGCUCCAUGCACAACUCCCUCCUGCUGAACCGGGUCACCCCCUAUCGAGAGAAAAUCUACAUGACCCUCUCUGCUUACAUCGAGAUGGAGAACUGCACCCAGCCGGCCGUCAUCACCAAAGACUUCUGCAUGGUCUUCUACUCCCGCGACGCCAAGCUGCCGGCCUCGCGCUCCAUCCGCAACCUGUUCGGCAGUGGGAGCCUGCGGGCCUCAGAGAGCAACCGUGUGACGGGCGUGUACGAGCUCAGCCUGUGCCACGUGGCCGAUGCGGGCAGCCCAGGGAUGCAACGGCGGCGCCGGCGAGUGCUGGAUACGUCUGUGGCCUAUGUCCGGGGCGAGGAAAACCUGGCGGGCUGGAGGCCCCGCAGUGACAGCCUCAUCCUGGACCACCAGUGGGAGCUGGAGAAGCUGAGUCUCCUGCAGGAGGUCGAGAAAACCAGACACUACCUGCUGCUGCGGGAGAAGCUGGAGGCCACCCAGCGGCCCGGGCCCGAGGUGCUGUCCCCCAUCUCCAGUGAGGACUCUGAGUCCCACAGCUCGUCCUGCGCCUCCUCCCCGCUCUCGGCUGAGGGCCGGCCAUCACCCCUGGAGGCUCCCAACGAGAGGCAGCGGGAGCUGGCUGUCAAGUGCUUACGCCUCCUCACGCACACAUUCAACAGAGAGUACACCCACAGCCACGUCUGCAUCAGCGCCAGUGAGAGCAAGCUCUCUGAGAUGUCUGUCACCUUGCUGCGGGACCCGUCCAUGUCCCCUCUGGGGGCGGCCACACUCACCCCCUCCUCCACCUGCCCCUCUCUGGUCGAAGGGCGGUAUGGAGCGGCUGACCUAAGGACCCCCCAGCCCUGCUCCCGGCCAGCCAGCCCGGAGCCUGAGCCUGUGCCAGAGGCGGAUUCCAAGAAGCCCCCCUCCCCUUCUCCGGUGUCAGAGGCGGACAAGGAGCCCCAGCGCCUGCUGGUUCCUGACAUCCAGGAGAUCCGGGUCAGCCCGAUCGUCUCCAAGAAGGGGUACCUGCAUUUCCUGGAGCCGCACACGGCCGGCUGGGCCAAACGCUUCGUGGUGGUGCGGCGGCCGUAUGCCUACAUGUACAACAGUGACAAGGACGCCGUGGAGAGGUUUGUGCUCAACCUCUCCACCGCCCAGGUGGAGUACAGCGAGGACCAGCAGGCCAUGCUCAAGACGCCCAACACGUUCGCGGUGUGCACGGAGCACCGUGGCAUCCUGCUGCAGGCGAACAGCGACAAGGACAUGCACGACUGGCUGUACGCUUUCAACCCACUCCUGGCCGGGACCAUCCGCUCCAAGCUCUCCCGAAGGAGGUCUGCCCAGAUGAGGGUCUGAGCCAGAGCCCUCCCGACAGCCAGCAGGCCCAGCCCCGCUCCCCAGUCCUCGUCUCCAUCCGUCGUGUCAACUGUCAACAGCCGCCCGGCCCUGCCUCCACCAGCCAGCCAGCGAGCCCCUCCUCCUGGGGACGCAGCUGGGCCCAGCGAGCCCCACUCUGGCCAGGGGACCUGCAGCACAUGACCUGUCAUGCUCCCGCAGAGGCCGGUUUCUUGUCGUUUCUUCUUUCAGAACAUGCCCUGGGGGGAGAGCUGGGAGACGCUGGCAAGGUCAGAGGGCACAAGUCACAGGGGCGUCGCUGCGUUCUCAUAUUUUUUUAAGCAUAGACAGACUUAUAAUUAAUAUACAUUAGUUAGUGACAUUGAAAGAGUCCACUCAGAAAUUAACUCUCAGACUGUGCUCUAUUUAUAAGUAUUUAUUUCUAAUGCCUUCACAUAGACCCUUAGGAUUCAGACGGACUCUGCCCCCCCGUUGGUCCCCACAUGCCUCUCCCAAGCCUCUGAGGACAGACAGGGUGGGGCAGCCGCCUCGGAAGACCAGUGAGGAGGUGUCUGGACAGGCUGGGCUCCUCCCCAGCCGUAUGUGGGGCAGGCCCUUGUGCGGGGAGUGUGCGUGCUGGGGGGAUCCGAUGCCUGAAGUCUGAGCAGCACAGAAGGUGGCGUGUGUUACUUCUCGCGGGAGGUUGAAUCCACAUCUCACCCGGUCAGCAGCCCCGUGAGGUGCGACUCCACGCACAGUGCCAGCAGCUUCUCCCUGGAAGCCUGUGAGACAUGAGGCCGACGGGCGCCUGGGCUGUGAGGGACCGUCCUGGCGGGGACCAGGAGAGAGAGGGGUCAGGAUCCCGCUGGGUUGUAUCAUGUGUCCAGGCUGGCGGGUGCGGGCAGCUGCAUUUAGAGGCGGUCCGGGGUGAUGGUCCAGCCAGCGAGGGGCUUGUGGUGCAGCUUUUCCAGCUGCCAUGAGAAAUGGGGUGAGCUCGAGGUCGCUCCUGGGAAGACACUCUGUGACUUCCUGUCUGUCUCCAGAGAAGAGAGUUUCUGAGUCCCAGUGAGAAGAUUCCAAGGGGUCAGGUGAGCGUGGCCAGCGUCAGGGUCAUCUGUCAUCAAGCGGCUUUCCCUUUCUGCAUCUGACGCGGUUGGUUGCCCUUGUCUUGUUCCAAUCUUGUUACAGUAUCUAAUUUGUGCCCUUUGCAGACCCCAUGUCUGAGGGUUGCCCAGGACAGGAUAGGAGUCAGCCCCAGGCUGAGAAUCUAAUCGUGUGUUGCCCAGGUCACAAACCCAUCAGAGAAACCACAGGCCUGGGGGUCUUCAGGGACCCGUUCCCAUGCCCCAAGGCACAUUUGGCCUCUUUUUAGCUCCAGGAAAAACAGCAAACACACCACAGUACCCCUGAGCUCAGCAUGGCCCACCAAGAGCAGGUUCAUUCGGGGUCCAGGCGGUCCAGGACCGGGUGCAUGCCCAGCCUUGCUUGCUCCACGCCAUUCUCUGGUGCUUUCCACCACUUUGCCAUCCUUGCUGGGCCUCGCUCACUGACACCUCCCCUUUCCACUUGGUUUGGGUGACCCCGAGACAGUCAGGUGUCUGUGGUCCUGAGACUCCCCUUUAUUCCAGGCUGUCCCCUCCUGGCGCUGACAUGACACAUGGACAUCUUCCCAGUUCUGUGCACUGAGACCAGAAGUGCCUGCAGUAUCUCUCCCCCAGGGACGUGCGGUGUUGGCCCCCAUACGAAGGGAGAAGGUUCCGGUUUGAAGUUUUCCUUUGGGAAAGUCAGUCAGGCGCCUUAAGCUUUGCCUCACACGUGGGAUGUAGGAUGAUGGGCUCAAGCCAGGUUGGGAGUUGCGACUGAGCGCGCCUUUUCAUCCCUGGCUCGGGGGCAGCGUGGCGGUGGCUUCACCCACUGCUGCCUCAUCCCCAGGACCUGGAAGGUGCUGCUGAUGGAGUGGCUCCGUCAGUGAGGGUCAGGUCCUGAGAAACCGCGUCUCUGCAGUGCAGGACUCAGCAGCUCUCUGUGGAGCUCCUCAGAUGGGGGUUCCCACCCUGGACUGAAAUCGAACAUUGUCCAGAAACCAGGAGGCCUACAGCCCCCUCAGAAGCUCCCAGAGGUAGCGGACUGAGACGCAGAGAGCAGAGGUGACAGACAGUGUGGAACAAGCACUUAUUCUGGCUUUUAGGACGACCUUGAGGGUAAGGAGGAGAAACAGGGAUGGGGUGAGUUGUUCUAAGACGAGUCGGGUCCCCCGAGAGCCUCGCCUUGCUGCAGGGAGACUGGGGAUGCAGGGCCCGGGCCCGGCCCACUCAGGUCAGCCAGCCUGAAGCUGUGGCCCAGAAGGGUCUGUGGCCCUCCCACCCAGGGCGCAGGUGUCUGGGGAUAGCCAACCUGUAGAGCACCUGCUGUGUGGGGCAGGGCUGAGGGAGGGGACCCACGUGAGGGAAUUGCCCCCAAAUUCAGGAGCCUCCACAGCCAUGGAGGUGCCCCAGGGACCGUUGCAUUUUGACCGGUACCAUCUUGGCAUUGACUAGGAGCCAGGUGUGGGCCACCUGAUGGCCCCGUCCCCGUUGUCACUUCCUCCUCUCAGACCUGCUCCAGUGAGAGGUCCUGGGUCAGAGUUCAGAAACCCGGAAUUGUUGAGGAGAGAACUCCAUCUAUGAGUCAGGAAAUCUUCAUGCCCAAAACUACCCACGUGUCCUAUUAGCCGGGGACAAGUUAACAAACUGGGACUUGGUUUCCACCUCUGUGACAUGAGAGGCUGAUCUGGAGGGCCACUGAGAGUCCUCACGUUGUGCGGUACAGAGAGGAAAGUGAAAUCUGGCUGUGGUUACCAUUUCCUGCUAAGUAGGGAAGGAGAGAAAGAUCUAGAAAGCCUUCUCUCUCAGACGGUUUUUGGUUUAAUGCUUGAUGCCGCUCAGGCUGCAGCCUCAUUUUGGUCUGAGGGAUGGCUGUCCUCGCCUGGGGAGGGCUCUCUGUCCCCUCCAGGGGAGGGUGAGCUCCUUCCGCUGUGGCCCAAGGGAGGGGGAUGCUGGGCUCCAGACCACCUGGCACUGGGCUCCAGCGUGACCCAGCUGGUGUGCAGGCGUGAGUGUUGACAUGCUUGUAAGGUCCAAGGCCUCCCCACUCUGAGGAAUCACUCGUAAGAUGCCAACGUUUCACUCAUCAACCAGACACGCACAGGCGCACAUGCACCCACGCACACCCCCACCCAGGGUGACUGCAGGGAGGUGGUCUCCUCGUCAAUCCUGAUCCCCCCUCGGCACCUCUGGGGUGGGUGUGGCAAAGGGCACCGAGAGGGUCCCUGAAUGUCGCUGAUGUUACAGGCGUGAGCGGGCUUGCCUCGCUGGUCCUCCGUCAGCUCCCCAGGCAUGGGACUCUGGAAGGCGCCCUCCUUUAUCCCUGGGAUGGGGCAAGCCUUCCCCCAGGAUCGAGAGAGGCUGUGGCUUGUCCCGAGCCUGUGCUUCCUGUAGCUAGCCGUCCCCCCGGUUCCCCUGUGGCUUGUACAUACGUGGUUGUGUGGCAUACCCCGGCCCCUGCACCGUAACCGCCAUCCUGACGUAAUGACUCUGGUUCCCUGACGUCCUAAACCCGAAUGUUAGGCUCUAGGCUCCUGUCCUGUGUGUGUGCACUUAAGGCUCUGUCCAAUUAAGAAAUAAACGUGGCUCCUUAUGCAACACCAGA